AUGACCCUUUCUGAGGAUCUCCGCGCGGCAGGAGUGACCACAUACAACACUGUCAAGGAUGUUCCCUACGUACGAGACGACUCAUGGGGUUCCUUCAAAGGCUCCUAUGGCACGGUCUAUAGAGCGACAACGAGGCGCCUCGUGGGCAAGGGACAGGUUUACGCAAUCAAAGAGAUUCAAGCUGUGUCGAUGAAGGAUCAACUGACGGCUGCCCAAGAGAUCAAGUUUCUGCGACAGUUCCGGCAUCCCAAUAUUCUCGAACUCGAGGACGCUUUCGUUAUUGAUCUUCCCGGCCAUCACAUGCUGCAUACAAUCCGCCUGGUAACGAAGCCAUGGGCGCAUGUAUCUCUGCAUCAUUUCAUCCAGGAUCUCACGAGCUCGUCCGGCUCUUCGACGAUGUGCCCCUGGUUCAAGCCUCAGGAACUAGACCCCUGGCCGAGUAUUGUGCGACAGUGUCUGAGCGGCCUCGUCUACCUUCACAGCCAGCAGCCAAAUCCCAUUCGGCACAAGGACAUCAAACCCCAUAACAUCCUCCUCUAUGCCGAAGUUCAGAGUUCUGGAAAGCUCGAAGUCCGUCCUAUAAUCAUCGACUUUGGAAUCAGCAAGGAGCAUAUCGAUGGAGCUACGACAGCGAAUACUGGGACUUACGAGUACAAAGCACCCGAGCAAAUCAAGAACAGAGAACCGACUCUAGCUUCUGAUGUCUUCUCUCUCGGCUGUUGCUUCGCUCUGAUAGAAAGCAUUCUCAGACCCUGGCCGACCCUCCUAGACGUAUAUGACGCAGCGAUGGGUACUGAUAGCUGCCAAUUCGCGAAUAAUCUUGACCUAGUUAAUGGGAUUCUACAAGACCGCCUGGGUUCAGCUGGUCCAGUCAGUGAUGGCUUGGGAUUCUUCAGCAGCAAGUUCAGAGGACUGAUCUUGAACAUGCUCGAAGAGCGGCCUCUCUCUCGACCAUCAGCGUCCGGCGCACUCGAUGCCAUCAGGAAGAUUGAGCACAACCUUGCCCGCUUUCUGGAUACUCCCACACUGGAGCUUUGUAUAACGCUACGAGGAAAGGCCACAAUACUGGUUGAAGUCGACCUUUCACGGCUGAAAACAAGAGGAAGUUUAUUGCAAGAACUGAAUCGUCGAUAUAGAGAUGCCGCUAGGCGCAGCCACUGGAGAUUCGCUAUGCCCUUCUAUAGGAUUUCCGUUCUUGGCUACGUUCAAUUUGUCAUCCAAGAUUUCGAUUGCCCGAUUGUCCGUGUUGCAUCGCCUCAAGGUUUAAACAGCCACGCUUCGUGUUAUUCCACCCAGCCUGAGGCCUUCCUACCCUCGGUUGUUCACUUGGCUCAUUUGAUAUGGGGUUUUGCGAGCGACAGCCGUACCGAUAAACAUCAGAACCUGUAUCUCGAAACAGACAUGUGCGAACUAAUUCCAAAGAAGUUUGGCCAAAGCUCUAUGGACCAGUUGAGGGAUUUGCGGACUCCGGUCACUGGAUUGGGUCUGGGAGUUAGAGAGGAUUUGGAUCAGCGUCUCAUUUAUCGUCUCAUCUUUACCCUGAUCUUCAUUGGUAGCGUUGCCUUGAGCUAUACAGAUCUUUCGAUGCUUCUCUUAGCAACUGAUGCUGUAUUGAUGCUGAGCUGGACUGUCCAAUACACUCAACGAGUAGGCAACUUAGAAUUGUACCGGUCGUGA